GAACAUUAAAUUUGAAUUCCAGAUGUGAUGAAUGUUUUUGUGAGUUCCUGACUUGCAUUUGAAUUUCAAGUUAUAUGCUAAUAAUAUCUUCAGAAAAUAUAAUUUAAGAAUAAUAAAUAAAAACAUGGCAGAGUUUUUAGAACUUCCACUUCUUUUCUAUAACAUGUCUGUAAAUUGCAGCUCGUUAUACCCUUUCCUUCUCUCUAACGAUUCAAACUGCACGUAUCCAGACGAGUUUCACGCGGAUGGACCGGAUGUCUUCUUUGGCCCGCCAUUAAUCAUUGUUGAGUUCGCCAAGAUCCUGUAUGGUAUUGUGUGCUUAGUUGGACUAUGUGGAAAUACUUUAGUCAUCUACGUUGUCUGCAGAUUUUCCAAAAUGCAGACUGUGACAAAUAUGUACAUUCUGAACUUGGCUCUUGCUGAUGAAAUGUUUCUCAUAGGGCUACCCUUCUUGUUGACUACUAUGAUCUACAAUUCAUGGCCGUUUGGAAAAAUAAUGUGCAAGAUAUAUAUGACAUCUACGAGUAUAAACCAGUUUACCAGCAGUCUUCUCUUAACCGUUAUGAGUGCUGAUCGCUAUGUGGCAGUGUGCCAUCCGAUUCAAUCACCAACAUACCGUACACCUUUCAUAGCCAAAUUCAUUUGCCUUACAGCCUGGACAAUAUCAGCCCUUCUUAUGGUCCCUAUCUAUAUGUACGCUGGAAUUAUAAAACCUAGUCCUGAUUUUAUAACAUGCAACAUAUUUUGGCCUGAAAGUUCUUACAUGAAGGGUGAAAUGGCCUUCACAAUUUAUGCAUUUACCCUUGGAUUUGCUGUUCCAUUAGUGUUGAUUCUGGUGUUUUACUUUUUAGUUUUAUGCAAACUAAGAACUGUAGGGCCAAAGAAUAAAAGUAAAGAAAAAAGGCGUUCCCAUCGGAAAGUGACAUACCUGGUGUUGACUGUUGUGACUGUUUACGUCAUCUGUUGGUUGCCGUAUUGGAGUGCACAGUUAUGGUUAACGUUUAUGCCACCAACUUCUGGCCAAAACGUUGUGAGUUUUACUUUGAUGUUGCUCGUUGGAUGCUUGUCGUACGCUAAUUCUGCAGUUAAUCCAAUUCUGUACGCGUUUUUAAGCGAUAACUUCAAGAAGAGCUUUGCUAAAGCGUUUACUUGUGCCGCACAAAGAGAGGUCAAUGCACAACUGGUUGUUGAAAACAGUUUCUUUCCUAAACGUACUAGAAGAGGGUCAUCCACUCGCACUGGAGACAAAAAGACUGAAACAUCUCAAGCGAUGAAAAACCGGAGCAGAGAAAUGGAGCAGUCAACUGCCAUAACGAUGAUGAAAACCGAAAAAGAUGGUACCUCCUUAAAAAAUGGGUUAAGUAAACCGACUGAAAACGAAAUAACUGAAGUUUAA